UCGGCGCAUGCGCCCUCUGGGCGCUGGUGGAGUCAGUUGGCGCCGGCAGUGGCAGAGUGGCUACAAGGCAGCUGCUGGGCGACCCGGAGCUAGCUGUGCUGCAGGGAUCUGCAGCGACCAUCACCCCUGCACAGAAGCAGCCUUUUCUGACUACGCUUCCUCGAUUUUUGGAGAUGGCAGGUGAAAUCACAGAGACUGGAGAACUCUAUUCUCCCUAUGUGGGCCUGGUGUACACGUUCAACCUCAUCGUGGGCACAGGUGCACUCACCAUGCCCAAGGCCUUCGCCACCGCUGGCUGGCUCAUCAGCCUCAUCCUCCUGGUGUUCCUGGGCUUGAUGAGCUUCGUGACGACUACCUUUGUGGUGGAAGCCAUGGCCGCGGCCAAUGCCCAGCUCCGCUGGAAGAGAAUGGAAACCCACAAGGAGGAGGAAGAUGACGACUCCUCCACAGCCUCAGACAGUGAUGUUCUCGCGCAGGACAGCUAUGCUCGGGCGGAGAAACGGCCCAUCCUGUCUGUUCAGAGACGUGUACCUGCCAACCUGUUUGAAAUCACAGACCGGGUGGAAAUGGGACAAAUGGCCUCCAUGUUCUUCAAUAAAGUUGGGGUCAACUUGUUCUAUUUCUGCAUCAUCAUUUACCUAUAUGGGGACCUGGCCAUCUAUGCCGCAGCUGUGCCCUUCUCCCUCAUGCAGGUGACCUGCAGUGCCUCUGGCAAUGACUCCUGCGGUGUGGAAGCAGACACCAAGUACAACGACACUGACCGGUGCUGGGGUCCCCUGCGCCGAGUGGACACCUACCGCAUCUACCUGGCUGUCUUCACGCUCCUCCUGGGACCGUUCACCUUCUUUGACGUCCAGAAGACCAAGUACCUGCAGAUCCUGACCUCUUUGAUGAGAUGGAUCGCUUUCGCCAUCAUGAUCGUACUGGCCCUGGUCCGAAUUGGGAAGGGCCAAGGUGAGGGGCACCCGGCCCUGGCCGACUUCUCAGGGGUCCGGAACCUGUUUGGGGUGUGCGUCUACUCCUUUAUGUGCCAGCACUCCCUGCCAUCCCUUGUCACCCCCAUCUCCUCCAAGCGCCACCUCACGCGCCUGGUGUUUCUGGACUACGUGCUGAUCCUGGCCUUCUACGGCCUCCUGUCCUUCACUGCCAUCUUCUGCUUCCGUGGUGACAGCCUCAUGGACAUGUACACGCUCAACUUUGCUCAGUGUGAUGUCGUAGGCCUGGCUGCCGUCCGCUUCUUCCUGGGCCUCUUCCCUGUCUUCACCAUCAGCACCAACUUCCCCAUCAUCGCCGUGACCCUGCGCAACAACUGGAAGACGCUUUUCCACCGCGAGGGCGGCACGUACCCAUGGGUGGUGGACCGCGUGGUGUUCCCCACCAUCACCCUGGUGCCCCCUGUGCUGGUGGCCUUCUGCACCCAUGACCUGGAGUCCCUGGUGGGCAUCACAGGAGCCUACGCGGGUACGGGUAUCCAGUACGUCAUCCCUGCCUUCCUGGUGUACCUCUGCCGCAAGGACACUCAGCUGGCCUUCGGCUACGGGACCGUCAACAAGCACAGGUCCCCAUUCCGCCACACAUUCUGGGUGGGCUUCGUGCUGCUCUGGGCUUUCUCCUGCUUCUUCUUCGUCACAGCCAACAUCGUCCUCAGCGAGACCAAGCUCUGAUGGCAGGACAGGCCUGGCGAUGAGAGGGCUGGGGGCAAGAUUUAGUUGCCAAGAGGCCUUCAUGGGCAGGCGAGGCAGGGACUCUCAAGGGCCCUCCUCAGCUGGGGCUCUCCGCCAGGACUCCGCCUGAUCUGCACCUGGCCUUGCCCGCUGGGGUAGCAUGUGGCUGCUCCCGGAAUCGCAAAGGUACCCCCACCCCAUGGUACUCUCUGCCCCUACCCCUGGAGGCAGGCUCCUCUGUGGUGGGAGAAGCAGUGCUGGUACUGCCGCUAUUUAUACCUCCUCCCUCCGCAGCCCCUCCUGCACCCUUGCCUGUCCACUAGCAUCUGCUGCCUCUUCAGGGGCCAAUCCCAGGCCAUAGCCAUCCUAACUCAGCCUGCCUGUGACAGGCAGGGCCCACCUUCCUGCCGGGCCUAGGGAUAAGCCUGGCUAGCCCCAGUGACAAGAAGAAGUGGUGUUCAUUGGCGUCAGGGUCCCCAGACCUGAGCUGUGAGGGCCCUUGCUGUGGGUGCCAGCUCUGGGCGGCAGAAGAUGGAACAUGCCUUCCGCAGGGCACACAGCAGCCCAGCUCACCGCCAUGCUCUACUGUAACACUAAGGUGGCCCCCUUGGAGUCCGGCUGUGAGUGCUCGGUGGUCACUCUGUUCCUGGAUGCUGUGGGCUGGAUAGAGCACCUGCCACCACUUCCACGGCAGGAGGCCAGGCUCCCAGUCCCCUCUUACUCUCAGUCACGCGUGCACCCGCUGGGCCAGCCACUUUGGAAAGCGACUCCAGCGAACUGCAUUUUCCACGUGCCUUCUGCUCCAGGCCUGGCGGUCUUCCUGACCCUGGCUUUCCCCAGCACUGGGCCUGAUCCCGUCCGUCCUGGAGCCCAGAGCAGCUUGUCUCAGAGCUGCUUCUGGGGAACCUGGGGGCGCCAGCCCCUGCCCCUCCCUCUUGAUUUCAGUGCCUUGCUCACCGCCCCCUCCCUUCUGUGUCUCGCCAUCUUUAAAGUUUGGGCAGUGUGAUGAUGCUGGGUGUCGUAGGGUCCUGGGCAAUGUGCAGGAGUUACAGAGAAUGGGGUGCUGCACUCCUCCAUCUCUGGCCUGGCAUCCCCGCCUCUGAGAGUCCCGGGUCACAGUUGGCCUCAGUCUGCUUUGUCACCACUGUUGCCUACCUGUAGUUCUCGCAGCUUUCCUCACAUGUCAUCAGCUUGUGAAAAGAAACGCCCCUUCUGUGUCUGCCAUGGUGGCACCUUCCCAGGAGGCCUUGCCCCGGAGUGUACCAAGAGGCCAGCACCAUGGCAGCGAAGCCAGGAAUGACAAAGACCUGUGGGUCGCCCUGUGCUUGGGCUUUCCCUGAAGCUUCCCCGGCUGUUUUCUGAGAACUCAAUUAAAACACCUGUACUUACCCUUCUCCAAUUAUACUCCCUCUUGGUUAAGGACAAAGCAAAUUAAGCCAUCCUGCUGCCCCGGGCUCCAAACCAAAUUUUGGAUGCAAAUUUAUUGGCAUCAUAAAGCCCAGGUUGAUUUAUGUGACAAUCUGGAGCCACACACAGCAGUUGAGUCUGGUGGCUGUGUUCCCUCCACCUCCAAGCUGGAGUUGCCCCAGCCCCGGAGGGAGUUGGCCCAAGGUGACCGCAUGGCUGAUGCCAAGCUGGGGCCCUCCCCACUACCACUGUCUGGUUCCUUUGUUCCUCUAUCUCCACCUGCUGUCCUUGAGGUCACCUUUUUCUACACCACCAGGCCUCUGCCACUGAUAGCCAGGUAGGCUGGAGAAAAUAGAAAACCCUAAUAGCUAGAUAUUAGGGUGACGCUCACUAUGGACAUUAGACCUAGUCGGCUACAAGUUUUUCUGUCAACUUCGUGAGGUGGGCAGGUUAGGGCAUGAUUUCCAUUUGCAGAGGGGCCUGGGGAUCAGUGAUGGCAGAGGAUGCCAGCCCAGCGGGCCCCAGGCUCAGGAGUCUGAGGAGAAGACAUUAGAGAAGACAUUGCAUCCUCCAGCAGUGUCGCCCACCUGGACUAGGCCCUGAGGGCUGGCAAGGUCAAGGUGGGAGUGGCGUUCUGCAUUUUGCUCCCUGCGGAAGCACCAAGCCCAGCUGAGCCCUAGAGCCUGGUGCCAACUGGAGCCCUGGCUGUUCUUCCCCCGAGGCCUGGAGAUGGGGCAGAUGGCAGGUGACAGGCUGGGAGGCACUGCUGAGUGCUGGAAGGUGUUUGUGGGCACAGGGCCAGGCCCCAGGCCGCACAGCUGUGCUCACCAAACAGGGCAAGGAGCAGCCUCGGCAACAGGCUGAUGCCAGAGCUUCUCUGCCUCCCGAGAAAUCAGCACAGGGAGAGUGACUGGCAGUGCCAGGCCCAGGGAGGUAAAAGGCUGAGCCUCCAGCCUGCCCGGAAUCAGUACCAAACAAGGCUCACUCCUAUCGAGGGCCACAGAAAAGCUGGCUCUUAGAGACCGGGUCCAGGCUGCAGGAGAGCCCUGCCGUCUCCUCCUUCGGGCCGGCAGUGUCGACAGCGCACUGAAGAAGUAGCCUGUAAGGAGGGCAUGCUGUAUGCCGGGCGCGGCCUGCGCAAGCCUCCAGGGUCUCUUCUUCCUUCGUGAAGUGGGGCCACAGCACCUGUGCGCCUGACAUACAUGGGAAUUCAAGGACUGAGCUUAGUGCAUGGCACGCAAGAGCUCAAUAAAGCUGUUUACUGGUGCUUAUCUCCCGUCACUGGCCAGCCAUGACUGUACUUG